AUGGCAGCAAUGAUUAAAAAAGCAGAAUUUACUCAAAUGAUAGACAGUACUUUAAUCCAAACAAUAGACGAUGAUUUAGUUAUAAAUGUUGGAACAAUUAAAGCUUUAAUUCCUUUUAUUUCCCAAGGAAUUCUUGAAAGAGACCAAUUACCCAUAAUUUUGACUGUUUUGGAUGAUGCUACAGUUGAGAAUCGGUUGGCUUUACAUGAUUUACUUGUUAAAGCUAAUUUUUCUGAUUCGUUAUCUGUGAUGCAUUGCCUUAAAAAGCUCCUUCAAUCUCUUAGACGAUUUCCAAUGGAUAAAUACUCAAUUUAUAGUUGUUUGGGUGGUAUUGGAAAAAGACACGCACCAAUGGUUCAAGCACACGUUUCUGAAUUACUCGAAGUACAUCCAAUUUUUGAUAUGCCUGAACAAAAUAUUGAAGAUGAUUUUUAUCUAGCUAAAUUAAUUCUUGUUCUUAAUGCUGCUUCUCAAUAUCCGGUCAUUUGUUCGUUAAUUCCAAAUUAUAUUUUGAAACAUUAUCGGUAUUUGCAACGGGCUUGGCCGAGUUUGAUUCCGCCAAUUGAGGAAUUUGAAGACAAGAAGCGCCCAUUAAUAGAAUUACCUCCUGAUGUUUCUAAUUCUGGAGAAAAACUUUGGACGAGUCCAGGCACUUCAAGAAACUAUAGUGAUCAAAAUAUUAAAUCAAUUAGGAUUUUUGAGCCAACAAAAGAAUUUCAAAAUAAUGAAAUUAUCCGUUUUGUGGCCGGUCUUCCCACAAGUAUUUUGGUUAGGUGUUUACUGGAAAAUGUUGCGGAUGAAGAAUUUGAACGGUUUCGGUUUCAAAUAGAAUAUCCAGACCAAACAAUCGAUUAUUGCCGUCCUCGUCACGGAGAUUUUCUUCGUCUCAGUCCACAUUCUGUCCAUUUACAAACAAAAAUUAUUUUUUCUGCCCAAAGAUGGGCAAUCCCUGCAAGCGUUUAUUUUAUAGCCGGAAUUUGUUCUAAAAAUUUUCUUCACACAAAUGUAAAAAGAAUGAAAGAAAUAAAGGGAAAUUUUACGCCUUUAAAAUGUGCUGAGAAUUUAAAUAAAGAUAAUAAAAUAUCUAUAAAUAUACAUCCCGUCCUUCAAGCUUAA